AUUCGCAUUGUUCGUUUCGAAUUGUUGCGCAUAAAAUUUAGUUUUAAUGCAAUCGAGUAGUAAAAUAUGGACAUAAAUAUUAACAAGCUGCGACGCAGCGUUCAACAGCUGUUGCAGCUUAUUGCGAAAGAACAGCAGGAUGAUGUGUUUGCAUUGAAUUUAAAGAAGUUCCUAAAGAAGAAGCUGUAUGCUGAACAGGAUGUGGAUCGAUUGUUUAACAGUCUUAGCGAACAAUUAACUUCGUCUGAUUAUACGCUACCUCUAGCUUUGAGCUUCGAAGAGCACCUGUUAUUACUUUUGACCAUGUCACUGCGUUCAAAUCCGUCAGUUCAAACAGAGAAAUAUAGGUCGGAAUGUAUUGCUUUGGCUAAGUUAUUGCAGCUAUCAGUGGCUGCCAGGAGAUUUGCCAAAAGCUACUUUCGAAAUCGGGCUGCACCAUUCGAGGAGAUACAGGUGCAGCUGCCUAUCAAGAAAUCUAAAAGAACGCAUACAAAUGGCACUAUGGAACCGACAGACCGAACAUCUGGUUUGGAGUUAAUCAAAUGUUGUUAUCAGCUCCUAAAAAGCGAUGUAGUCUACUACAGAGAGCUCUGGGAUUGGUCGCAAUUCCUUGCCCACUAUACGAACAAACAAAAAGCAUGUCCGCUAACACAGCUCUAUAUGAAUCACAUUCUGGCCUUGCUAUCAGAUAUGACCAGUACGCAACUGCAUGAUCUUAACAUACGUUCAGCAAUACCUAAUGCUGUGCAGAUGUUAUUUGAGCAGCAGCAACGGUUGCCUACACUUGUUAACUCCAACUCCAACUUACCCGAUCUGCCAGAGCAAAAGAUUAAGUUAAAACUAAAUCAAGCCAAUCAAAGUGUAAUCGACAUGGAAGGCGUGCUGCUGCCCAUAUUUAAUGAGGAUAAUCAAAAGUUCUAUGCUGAAACGGAUGGCUGCUACGAUCGCAUUGUUAAAGUGGAUUCAACGAGUGUAAAUUUACGUAGCAUUGCUCUAGGCGUAGCUGCUGCAAAACCCAUUUGCCUCUCCGGUCCAGUUGGCUGUGGCAAAACCACAUUAAUUGAAUACCUCGCACGGAAAACAGGGCGCAUUUGUCCCAAACCCAAGGAACUGGAAGUCCGUGAACAAGCACAAGAGGAGGAACUACUGAAACCCAAAAAAAAACAAAAGACACCAAAGAGUGCCGCUGGAAAGAGAAAAGUAGAAGAUGAAAUUCCGCUAGAGAAGUUAAUGGUGCUAGAGGAUGGCGAUGGAUUGGCACAGCGAAAUGGUUUCUUACGCAUACAGCUUGGCGAUCAGACGGAUAGUAAAAUGUUAUUGGGUCAAUAUCGUUGUACAGAUGUGCCUGGCGAAUUUGUUUGGUUGCCUGGUGUAUUGACACAGGCUGUCAUGCAUGGCUAUUGGCUGCUUUUAGAGGAUUUAGAUGCUGCUACACAGGAUACUUAUACGAUAUUAAGCAGUCUAUUAGAGCGCAAUUACUUGAGUGUACCUGGUUUUAGAGAUUGUGUCAAGGUGGAGCCAGGCUUUCAACUGUUUGUAACAGUGCGAACCAAUAAAUCGUCCAAUAAUUCCAGUCAAAAAUCCCUAUACUCUCUACUAGAGAAAUAUCUAUAUACCAUCAAUAUUUUACCACUUUCUCGCAACGAGCUAUGCAAAGUUGUUAGCACUAACUAUGCUAAAUUGGCAACUGUUGCAAAUCGCAUUGUGGAUGUCUUCUUGACCUUCUCCAGUGGAGAUCACACUGUUGCUGAUAAUUUACGUCAACAGGAGAGCGGAGAUAAGGCAGAUACCACUGAAAAGUAUGUAGCGCUACCUUUUGAACAAGUUGAACUGUCCAGCAUGUCCAACUCAGGACGUUUGGUAUCCACGCGGGAUCUCGUCAAGCUGUGUCAACGUGCAAAUGCUCAAUUUUCGGUGACAAGCGCUGAAUGCGCUUACUUUGUCUUCCAAAAUGCAGUCGAUGUCUUCUGCUCCUAUCUGCCACAGAGCAAAGAGAAGACAGCUUUGAUAACAAAUAUUGGCGCUAAGUUGGGCAUCAUUAGAUCGAGAUGUGAACAUUUUGCUAAUGAAUAUAAACCAGAUGUGGAAUUUGGAAAGCAAAGUUUUAAAAUUGGACGCGCUUUAUUGCCAACAAUGACUAUGGAAGAGGAGCUAAACGAAACACAAAAUGGCACUAAAAGACAAAAGCUUACAAUGCAAAGCAAAAAGACAAUCUUGAAGCCGGCCGCAAAACGUGCUACUUUUUCUUUUACACGCCUGGCCAGCUGCAUAUUGGAGCGCAUAGCAGUCUGUGUGAAUCACUCAGAGCCCGUACUUCUGGUGGGCGAAACGGGUGUAGGCAAAACGUCCUCUGUGCAGUAUCUAGCAGAGCGUACCGACCAUAAGCUCGUGGCUAUUAAUAUGAAUAAUCAAUCUGAUGUGUCGGAUCUAGUGGGCGGCUUUAAACCCGUCGAGCUGAACUAUGUGCUCGCCCCGUUGCGCUAUGAGUUUGAGCAUCUAUUUGGAGAGACCUUCAAUGUCGAUAAGAAUCAACAAUUUAUGCGCAUCUUUGCCACACACUUUAAUAAUGGGCGUCACAGUGUGAUUAUACGGACAAUGUUGAGUAUCACGAAUAGCAUGUUUAGCAAACCGGAGCAUAAGUCGAAUCCUCUGCUGCCACGCUGGCAAACGUUGCAUGAGAAGCUGCAGCGAUUGCAAAUGCAGCUGGACAAGAGCAUAAAUAUAUCGUUUGCCUUUAUACCUGGCUCCUUGGUCAAUAGCAUCAGCAAUGGUGAUUGGGUGCUGCUGGAUGAAAUCAAUUUGGCAUCGGCGGAGACACUCGAAUGCCUGUCUACCAUCCUUGAGCCGGAAGGUUCGGUUGUGCUAUUGGAACGUGGAGAUUUUAUGCCUGUGAAGCGGCAUCCAGAUUUUCGUAUAUUUGCCUGUAUGAAUCCCAAUACGGAUAUUGGUAAAAAGGACUUGCCUGUGGGCAUUCGCAAUCGCUUCACAGAGUUCUUCGUCGAUGAGCUGACCACAGAUGCAGACUUGGGACUGCUCGUGGGUGAUUAUCUGGCCAAUACUGGCAUUCAGCGCAAAUCGGUGCAUAGCAUUGUCCAGCUUUAUAAAUCCUUGCGACGCCUCUCCGAGCUGCAGCUCAAUGAUGGCCUUGGCAACCGCCCUGUCUACUCUCUGCGCACGCUCUGUCGUAGUUUGCGCAUAUGCGCACGGAAUCUGUGUGGUUCUAUUGAGCGUAAUCUGUAUGAGAGCUUCUGCUUAAGUUUCCUUACUCAACUGGAUCCGGAGUCACAUCAAAUGGUCUUGCUGCUCAUACGGAAUGCAUUGCUUCAGAACCCGAAAGCUGUGCUCAAUCAAUCCCUGCCCCAAUUGGGCGAAAACUAUCUACAAUUUGAAGGUUAUUGGAUACAGCGUGGUAGCUUGGAGCUGCAAUCUUGCGAGCAUUAUAUAUUGACAUCUAGCGUCAAGAAGAAUCUGCAGGAUCUAUCGCGUAUUAUCUCCAUUGGCAAGCUGCCUAUACUGCUGCAAGGACCCACCAGCGCUGGCAAGACUAGUCUUAUAGACUUUGUUGCCCGGAAGAGUGGCAAUCGCUGCCUGCGCAUCAACAAUCAUGAGCAUACGGACUUGCAGGAGUAUAUAGGCACCUAUGCAGCGGACCUUAACGGCAAGCUGAGCUUCCGGGAAGGUGUGUUGGUUCAAGCAAUGCGACAUGGCUAUUGGAUUAUCUUGGAUGAGCUGAACUUGGCUUCGACGGACAUUUUGGAAGCUUUGAAUCGCGUGCUCGAUGACAAUCGUGAGCUGUACAUUGCAGAGACACAAACGCUGGUCAAAGCGCAUCCCAAUUUUAUGCUCUUCGCCACACAGAAUCCACCUGGUCUAUAUGGUGGUCGUAAGACCUUAUCACGUGCCUUCAAGAAUCGUUUCAUUGAACUGCACUUUGCGGACAUACCACGAUCGGAGCUGGAAAUUAUAUUGGAGCAACGCUGCCUUAUACCAGCUUCAUACGCUCGAAAGAUGGUCCAGUGCAUGACACAGCUGCAGCAGCAUCGGAAGAAUACCUCCAAGCAGGUAUUUACGUUGCGUGAUCUCUUCCGCUGGGGAAAUCGCUAUACGCUAGCAGACAAGGCACUGCAGCUGGAUACGAAAUAUGAUUGGAAUCAACAUCUUAUAGAGGAGGGUUAUCUGGUCUUAUCCGCCAAGGUACGCACUGGCGAGGAACUGCAGCUGAUUGAGCAAACGCUGUAUGGAAACUUUAAGAAACGCAUCGACUUGGAACUGCUCUUCGAUAUAAAUACACAGCGAGAAACUUCCCCGGUUAGUCGAAAUAUAUUGGAAGCGAUUAAGAGUUUUAAACAGCGAGGAGACAUUGUCUGGACACGGAACAUGACACGAAUGGCAGUGCUUACGGCCAAGGCGCUACAGUUUGAUGAGCCGGUGCUUUUGGUGGGUCCCACGGGCUGUGGCAAGACAACGGUCUGUCAACUGCUGGCGAGCAUUGCUCAAGUGCGUCUGCGCAUACUGAAUUGUCAUAUGCACACGGAGGGUGCGGAUUUUCUGGGUGGCUUACGUCCUUGUCGUGGUCAGGAUAAUAAUACUCAAAAGCUAUUCGAGUGGGCAGAUGGACCGCUCAUCUAUGCCAUGCAGGAGGGCUCCUAUUUCAUGGCAGAUGAAAUAUCGCUGGCGGAAGAUUCAGUCCUGGAGCGACUUAACUGCAUAUUGGAGCCGGAACGUAGCGUGUUGUUGGCUGAAAAAGGAGGUGUUGUAGAGGAGCAGCUGGUAACUCCCAAUGAUGAUGGCGACUGCAAAACGAAUGAAGACUUUGUUGUGCAGGCCAAAGCGGGCUUUCAGUUUCUGGCCACCAUGAAUCCAGGUGGAGAUUUCGGCAAGAAAGAACUCUCACCUGCUUUGCGCAAUCGUUUCACCGAAAUCUGGUGUUUGCCCUCGGACAACAAAGAAGACCUCAUAGAGAUUGCCUACAAUUGUAUGCAGCGUGGCAUGGCGGCCAAUUCUCUGAAGGAUACCCACAAAAUGGCAGAAUAUCUAGUGGAAAUUGUACUCUACAUACGCGAUUCCAAUGAGAAAUUCAAGUUCUCGGUGCGUGAUAUACUUGCCUGGGCCAACUAUAUGGUCAGCAAUGCGCAUUUGACAUUCGCGGAGCAGGCCAUCUUUGGACUGGAGACCAUCUUUCUGGACGCUCUGGAAAUGUUGCCACAUGAGUCGCAGGCGCAAAUUGAGGAGCUAAAAUCGAGAAUUAUCGAAUAUGCUAUACAACAAGCAGCUGUCAUACUCUCAGAGAAAUUUGAAUUCGCACAGUUGGCUGAGAAACGUGGCCAGCAGGUGCAGCUGGAUGAGCAACAAUUUGGCAUACGUCCCUUUUACAUAGCUGUCAAUCCGGAGCGUCUGAUGUCCGCCGAUUCCAAUUUCCUAUUCGAUGCGCCUACAACCAAGCAAAAUUUAUUCAGAUUACUGUCUGCUCUCUCGCUGCAAAAGCCUGUGCUACUGGAGGGUCCUCCUGGAGUUGGCAAAACUUCCAUUGUGGAGAGCAUAGCACAUGCCAUUGGCUAUCAGAUAGUGCGCAUUAAUCUGUGCGAGCACACAGAUCUCGCAGAUCUCUUUGGCACUGAUCUGCCAGCUGAAGAUAAUUUGCUGGAGCGCGUUGAGGCCCAGAGUCAAUUGGGCAGCUUUAUAUGGCGCGAUGGUCCACUGCUGGCUGCGCUCAAAGCGCCCAAUACAUGGAUAUUGCUGGAUGAGUUGAAUUUGGCGCCACAAUCUGUGCUGGAGGGUCUCAAUGCAGUGCUGGAUCAUCGUGGCGAGGUCUAUAUACCGGAAUUGAACAAGAGUUUCCAUCUGACGAGCAGCACACGAAUUUUUGCUUGUCAGAAUCCGCUCAAGCAAGGCGGCGGUCGCAAAGGCUUGCCGCAAUCGUUCCUCAAUCGUUUCAACAAGGUUUAUCUGAGAAAGUUAAGCACAGAGGAUUUGCUGCAUGUGGUUAAUAAGAAGUAUGCCACAUACUUUGCACAGCUCAGAACAUACUUUGAAGAACUAGUGCAGCAGGAACAGCUGCCCAAAGGAAAUCUCUUUGAGCUUAACAAAGAACAGGAAGCUGCUGAAGUGGAGUUUGAUUUGGCUGCGCGCUUGGUGCGCUUCUCUGAGCUGCUGGAUCGCGGCGUUGCCUCCAUGGAGUUUGGCUACAAGGGUGGUCCCUUUGAGUUUAAUUUGCGCGAUAUAUUGCGCUGGUGUGAUCUGUUGCACAAUCCAGAGACAGGCUAUCUUAUGCUGCCCGGAGCCAGCAGCUACCACGUUGCCUUUCAACAGUUUCUACUCACGCUCUAUGAGCGCAUGCAACUGGUUUAUUAUCAGCGCAUGCGUUGCGAUCAGGAUAAGCUUUACAUACGCAACGCCUUCGCCAGCGUCUUCAAUUGCAAUGCGGAACAGCUGAAUGACAUUGCUGAGGAUGUUGCCAUCUACUGGACAGCGGAUAAAGUUUACCUCAAUGAUGUGGUGCUGCAGCGAUCGCAGUUGCCUCUAGGUGCUGCCACUCAACGCCAGGAACAGGCUCCAUUGUUGCUGGGAUCACAGCGACAGCUGCUCAAGCAAAUUGUCGAAACGGUGCAUAUGGAGAAGCCACUACUGCUCUGUGGUGCCACGGAUAGUGGCAAGACGAAGCUAAUCGAUGCUCUGUGUGUGCUGUCCAACAGCGUUUGCAACUCGGAUAACAUUGAUGAUUCUGUGACGGGCAGUUUUCAACAGAUCGAUUUAAAUCGUCAUUUGGAGGAAAUAUACAAGGCUGUGCAGGGUUUGGUGUUUGUUGCAGCUCAAACAGCUUUCAUACAGCAAACGGAAUAUGCUUUUGUGCAACAGCUGUGGGCUGCUUGGAGCAAGUACAAUCAGUUAUUAAAACUGAGCGCUGAAACCGCCCAACACACUGUUGCUGAGGAGCUGCAACUGUUCGAGCGUCGUUUGUCUGCUCUGGAGCAAAUCAUCUUAAAACUGUCACAAACUCCACGCAAAUGUCGUGUUCCACUCUUCAAUCAAUUACCGCACUACAAAUCGCAGCUGUCUCUACUGCAAGCCUACAUCAAAUCCGCAGAUUCACUUAAUACUGGCGGCUCCUUUGAGUGGGUGGAUUCUCGCAUUGUUACAUCUUUAAAGUGUGGACAGUAUAUCUUGUUGGAGCAUGUGAAUUUGUGCUCCUCAGCUGUGCUGGACCGCCUAAAUCCCGUCUUUGAGCCGAAUGGAAGUCUCUUGAUUGCGGAGAAGGGCAUCAGUGCACAGACUAGCGCCGAGGUGGUUCGCAAAGCUCCAAAUUUUCGCGCUUUUCUCACUGUGGAUCCGAAGAACGGCGAGCUCUCACGUGCCAUGCGCAACCGCUGCGUGGAGCUGUCUUUGAGCGUUUCAAAGGACGCCUAUAGCAUAGAUGAUAUGCGUGCUAUCGUCCAUGGCCAAGGCGUGCAGCAGAUAGCAGCUAUUGACUGCAUGCUCAGCAUACAUCGUGGCAUAAUUCAACUUACGGAAUUUAAUUCGUACACCAUCUCACAUCUGACUCAAUUCGCUUUCCUGAGUGCUGCCUAUAAAAGGAUUGGAUAUGAACUGAAGAGAGCUAUAUAUGUAGCUGCCAUGGAGGUUUAUGUGUACGCCGCCAGUAUGGACUUAAUGGGCUAUGGUCUGUCCUACUACCAGAACAAGCUGCGUGAAGUGGUGCUCACUCAUACAGAGAAUUUCGAGGGGAAUGAAGUACAGCAGUUGGAUUAUCUGAAUGACGUUAUAUUACGUACAGAUGAACUGAAUGAAUUGACGCUUAUAAAACUACAAGCAGCUGUCUUAAAGGUACUGUUGCAGACUUCCAAUGAGGAUGAGGAGCUGCCCAAGCAGCAGCUUCUAUCACUGUUUCAGCACAUGGAAGCGCUGGAUUUAAGUCAGCUGAAUGUGCGGCAGUUCAGACGUUACUUUAUUCACAUGCUCUAUGAAGUUUGCGCGUUUGAUGAGCUAGAAAUGCGGCAUCUGUAUCUGCAGCAAUGCCUAGAGGAGGAUACAGAAUUGCAGCAGCUCUCGACUAGCCUAUAUGACUGCCUGUUGCUUCAGGGCAAACAUUUCCGUAAUAAUCUAGUGGAAUUGCCUUGGCAUCGGAAACUCUUUCCACGUCUGCGUGACUAUGCUACGCAGCUGGAGGCGAGUGAUGCUAAGCCAGGUGCUGCCUUGGCACUCAGUGCAGCUCUGUUAGCCCAGCUACUGUUGGAAAAGAUACCUAAGAAAGCCUUAGCUAAACUUCAACACUUGGAUGCGCUGCAAUAUUCACAGGCCUUGAAGGAGAAGAAGAUCACAGACAAGUAUAGCAAUGAUUUUCUAAGUCAGCUCGCCGGAUUUCUCUACAGUCUUCAGCUAGUGCUGCAGCAGCAUUUGAGCUCUGCUCGCUUUGAGCUGCCCCAAUAUGCGCAGUUUUUGACUAAACUUAAGUGGUUUAAUCGUUUGCUGAACACAGCUCAACAGAAACUGCUCCAAAAUAAUGAGCUGCAUGCGCCGCUAAUGCACAAACAUGUGCUGCACUUCAAGUGGUUGCAGAAGCAUCUCAUAGCUGCGUUAGUAGAAGCCUGGCCUGAGCUGCUUGAGGUGCAUGAUGAGCUGCGUGAGAGUCUGCAACAGCUGAGCUCCUAUGUGCAGCAGACCAAGCGGCCAAUGAAUGUGAUAUGCAAAUUGUAUGCCAAACAAUUUACACAAUUUCAGCCUUAUUAUCUUGAGCAACAGAUCACACUGCAUGAACAAUUAGCGCAGAUGCAGCAGCUGUUGAAUGUGGUGCCACAGUAUGGCAACAUGGAUAGCAAAUUGUGGGUGCACAAGUGGCUGGCUCUGCACUCAGAUGAGGCACACAAAUGGCGCACUUUUCUGCAAAGACACAUGCCCAGCUGCCAGCUAAAGCAGUUCGAGCUGACAGGAAGCUGCAAAGGAAAGCUGCAGGAGGCACUGCUCAAACUGGAAAUGCAGCUUAAAGAGCAACAGCAGCAAGCAGCCACGGAAGCUGAAGUGCAACUAGACAUAGAUCUAACACAAAUUAAGCAGCUGCUCAAAGUUGGUCCGGAAGAGGCGAGCGAUGAGCACAUAGUUGACUUGAAAGCGGGCGAAUUGAAGUCCUAUCAACUACUGUUAUCCGUCGUGAGGGAUUUCUUUAUGGAACGUGCUCUAAGCCGAACAUUGCAUUCAGAUUCUGAUGAGCAAGUGAAUCAGCUCUACAGCGAGCAGCUGCUUACGCUGAAUGGACAGUUAUGGCAGUGUCUCAAUACGCUGAGCAGUAAGACCCACGCCAAUGUAAUGCUCGCCUGGAAAGAGCUACAACUAGUGCUACAGGGGCAACAGAAUGCUGAGGAGCUUACAGAGUUACUGCAGCAGCAAUUGGCAGGCAGCAGUUGCUACAAGGCGCUGCGCAGCUAUCAGCGGGAAUAUCGUCAAUCACUGCAAUGCUAUCAGCUGGAGAAUUUAGCCACGCGCUUCGAUUGCGCCCAGUUGCCCAGCGACACGGAGCUGAUGUGUCGCUAUAGCUAUCAAGGCGCGCCCUUGACGAAUGCACUCUUAGCGCUGCUUUGUCAGUCCAAUGGACAGAUGCUGGCAGUGCCGCUCAGCGAGCUGCAGCCCUGGCGGCAAGCUCUGCAACAAACGCGACAGCUGCUCUGGCAGAAUGGACAGCUGUUAGGACGCCGGCACUGUCCUGAGCAGAACAAUCUAGAGCUGGUGGAAGAAAGUGGCAAACAGCUGCUCAAGGAAUUGGAACAUGUGCAGCAGCAACAGCAGCAGCAAAUGGAGUCGGGCUUCGAAAGCUGCAUACAGCAAUUGCAGCAAGUGCUGCAGGAGCUGGAAUCAAAGCAGUCGCAAUCAAGUUUAGACAACUCCUUCAAUGCUGCGCUAGGUAAUGCGUUAAUAGGCGCUCUGGAGUUGUGCGUGCUUACACAUGCACCUCUUAUCGAUCCCGUGGAGAAGAAUCGCUUGAAGAAUCUGUAUGUUGCCGAGGAUAUAGAUUGUUUGCAGCAUUUGAGCGCUAGCUAUGAUUUCAUGAAGAUCAUCAUGAAGUACAAGCACUUUGGGCAACAGAUCUAUGAGCAGCUGCAGCAGCGCCUGCAGCAACUUCUGCAGCAACAGCAACAGCUCAACCAAAAGUUAGCCCUGCGACCAGAGCAAUGCCUGUACGCCAGCUUGGUGCAGGAUUUAAUGCACUUCUUGAAAUCCAACUGCGAUUGUCUUGCAUUGCAUAAAUUAAUUAUUACAAUCAAGGAGAAUUGGUCGCACUUUGCGGGUCCACAGGCGGCUGGUGAGAUGCAGAUGCGUCGCGGCGCCGAGCUAUUGAACAAACUGGAUCUGUGGUUGGCUAAUGCGCAGCGCUUUGUACAUCACACGCUGCUGCGUUAUGCUGCCUACUAUCAGGACUUUGUGCAGCCUAUCAAAUGCGCCGUGAACCAGCUGCGUUUUGGACUGGAGCAGUUGAAGCAGCUGUUUACUCGAGUGCUGACGGCUGGAAGUGCUCCAGAGGCACUUAAACUGGAGCAGACAAUCACACAGAUGGUUGAGUUUCCUGCGCAGCGUCCGUUGGCAAUUAGAAAUAGCCAUGUCUAUGGGCUGCUGGCCAAGCUGCCACACAGCGAACACGAAUAUUUCCGCUUGCUCAAGGCCAAGCUUUGCGAGCUGCGCAACUUUAUCUCCAUCGCCUCGAGCAUUGAUGAAACGAUUUUCACUGCUUACGAUGAUGCAUUAAGCAUUUGCAAUCGCACCUGGCAGCAGGAGGAGCAGCGUCGAAAGGAUCAACGCGCCGAGGAGGAGAGUCUAUACAAAACUAAAACCUUAGGUGGCAUAGAGGAUGAGGAGCUUGUCGAGCUGCAAGAGAUUGAGCAGAAUUUCCCCACCAACCUAGACGAGGACUAUGCCGACUUUGUGGAUCAGCCUACGCUCGAGCAGGUGCUCAAGCUGGAUAAAAAGGCGAGUACGAAGGCGAAGCUGGCGGAAAUAGUCAACGAACAAGAUUACGUCUUUCUCGCACGCAAUUUCAUCGAGGUAAUGAUCAGGCACACAACUGUUAGCUACCAGGAAAAGGAGCAGCAACAACAGGAGCAGAAGCACCUGCAACUUAUACAGCCCUACCAGGCGCGUCUCCAAGUCUUUGCUCAGCUGCAUGGACACUACAAGACUGCGCUGGGCGCCACACUCGAUGGCAGCGUAUACAAUGCGCUGAGCUUUGCGCUGGCGCUGCAGCAGAGGCAGUUGAAAGACUUGGAGCUGGAGGAGCAACAGGCAUCGCCUGCUGCCUAUGACUACUACAAGGACUCCAAUAUAACAGAGGUGAAUGGUUGCCUGAAUGUGAUGGAGCGCAUAGAGCAGCGAGUGCUGGCGCAGCUGGAACUCUAUCCGGAACAUGCAGGCCUGGCGGACAUUAAGCUGGUCAUCUCACGCAUACGGAAGCUGCCCGCCAAUGCGUCUGUGGUGCGCUUCAAUACAGGCUUCCAGCUGUUGCGUCAGAAGGUGGCUUUGUGGAACGAGGUGGCUCACAAGAAUAACAAUUUGGUCACAGAGGAGAUUGAGGUAGCGGAGUUCGUGCAACGCUGGACAAAGCUCGAGCUGCAGCAUUGGCGCAAUUGCCUCAAUCAAACGGGACAGCAAGUAGAGCUGCAAGGAUAUCGCUAUUGGUUCUUCAUCUACAAUCUGCUGCAGACCGAAGUGGAGCUUCCAGAACUGAUACGAACACUGCGACAGUUCGUCGAGGCCGCUUGCUAUGGAGAUUUCCACGUGCGACUGCAGCUGCUGCAUGGCUUCGAGAUGUAUUUGCAUAAUCUGGAGCGUGUGGGCAAGCGCAUGAAACUACAGCCGCUCAUAGCUGCUCUGCACAAUUUGCAGCUGUACUUUGAGCAGUUUAAACAGGAGGUCGCCGAGACGGUGAAAGCACGACGUGCUCCCAUUGAAAAGAAGCUGAGAGAGUUUGUUAAGAUACAGAGCUACAACAAGGAUCUGAGCUACUUCAGCAUGCGCAACAAUGUGGCCAAUGUGCAUCGCAAUCUGAACAAGUUCCUCAAGGAAUACCGACUGCUGCUCGAGCAGAAGAUCAGCGAGGUGUUCCAGCCCAAGGAUGCCACUGUUAAGGAUUACAGCAUGGAGAACGGCAAACUAAAGAACAAGACAACGCCCUAUUUGAUGGAUGCUCAGCACUUUGUAGCACCCGAACAGCUGCGCGAGAAGUAUCAAGUGAAGGAGAUGGCAUCUGAUGCUUUGCCUCUGCUUCAACAGCUUGGCAAACAUUUUGGCACUGCGCGCAACAUUGUCCGACAGACGCUCAAUCAGGCUAGCUAUGGCACGCUCCUAGAAGAGUUGGAUGAAGUAGUGGCUGUGCAAUUGGAACGUUGCGAGCAUCUGCGCAAUCUGAAUGUGGAUCGCAGCAAGGAGCGACCCCAGCAAAAGCUGCAGGCCAAACAAAUACUGCAGCAGAAACGCAAAGCUUUGAUAGAUCUCUUCAAGCUGCUCGCCCGACUGGGCUUGAGCUAUAGAAGUGGGCUGAUGGAGCUCACGCUGCGUGGUGAGUUUGAGAACUUCCAACUGCCACCGUUCAGCAUUAAGGCCAUGUUGCCUCAGCUGCACGGAAGCUGGCGCCAGCUCAAUCAGCAUCUGGAUUUGUAUUACAUGAAGAGCGUAUUUAAGCUGAAGCUGCUGCAGAAUAUUAUGUUGACGCCUCUUUCGGAGCUUGGCCCGCCCAACAUUGAACGCAUCAAGGGCUUUGCCGUGGAUCUGUUUCUUCACGUGCAGCAGCAACGUGAGCAGCUGUCCAACUCCACCAUUCAGCUGCACGAGCUGCGCAAUGCAUUGCAGCAGCUGCAGCAGGUAGCGCAGAUUGUGCUGCCCGUGGAGGUGGACAUUGAGCAGCUGAGCUUCGGCCCCAAGGCAGAUGAGUGUGUGCAGCUGAAGCAUAAACUAUGUCAAAUACAAUAUGUACUCCAGCAGUGGCAGCUGCUGCUGAACUGUGCGCCGCUGCAGCCCCUCAGUGAGCAUAGCGUCCUGCUGCACAGCAAGCCACUGCAUCAAUCUGAACUAUUGGAGCUGUGCGGCUUAGCUCUGCGUGGCAGUCAGGCGCUGCUGCGUGAGUUGGAGCAUGCACACACCGAGUUUGUGGACGGCCAAAAACUACUUAACUAUCAGCGCAACUAUCAGAAGAUUGUCGAUUAUAUUAGACAGGCGCUGGAGCAGCUGGACGUGGGUCACGAGGAGCAUUUGCCGCUGGCACAGCCGCUGCUGGCGCUCCUCCAGCAGCUAGAGAGCAGCUCGGGUGUCUGCGAAGCCAAAGCAGAGCCUGUCGAUCUAAGCAACGUAGAUACAGAGCUGGCUAACAUUGCACAUGGCGUUCUGCUGGCACUCCAGAAGAUCUACAAAGAGCACGGCAAGAAACCAGGGCAGGAGGAAGCCGAACAGCAAGAAGCGCUGAAGGAACAGCAUCUAAAGCAGCAUUUGACAGGCCAACUGAAUGCCAAUUGGGAACUUUUAAGCCUGCCUCGCACUCUGUCGAAGCUAUCCAAUGUGCUGCUAGUGCUGAAACACGCCAAUCCCAGCCAGGAGAAAUUGGUUUGCUUGCGCCGAGCGGUGGGCUUGCUGCCCAUACUUCAACAAUAUCAACUGCUGGCGGAUUACAUGCUGCUGCAGCAGCUUGGCACUCACAGAGUCUCCGCAAAGAUGUUGUCCAUUAUGCUUACCGCAUUUGUGGAAAUCGGCAGCAAAGGUUUCUGUGUGCCGCCGGAUCUUAUGCAGGAUGAGGAGGGUCAAUCCAAGCAGGACUCAAAGAAUGGCGAGGGCUUUGGUCUGGAGGAUGGCACCGGCGAGAAUGAUGCAUCGGAUAAAAUCGAGUCUGAGGAUCAGCUAGAUGAUGCCAAGCGGCCAGAGGAUCGCAAGGAUGAGGGCGACAAAGAGGAGCCCGACAAUAAGGAGGAGAAGGGCAUCGAGAUGAGCGAUGAUUUCGAUGCGAAAAUGCAGGACGUGGAGAAGCCAGAGAACGAAGAAGACGACAGUGGCGAAUCCGAGAAUGAAGAGGAGUUGAACAAAGAAAUGGGCGAAACGGAAGAGGGCGCCGAAAAGCUGGACGAUCAGAUCUGGGGCGAUGAUGAGGAAAAGCAACCCGAGGAAGAGGAACCUGAUUUGAAUGAAGAGGAUCAAGGCAAAGGCAGCAAAGAUGAGAAGGAUGAGCACAAUGAUCUGGACGCUAAGAACGAUGCUGCCAAAGAGGAUGGUAAGGAUGAGCACGAAAAAGAGGGCCUGGAUGCUACAAACGAGCCUAGUGGCGAGGACAAACGCAAGGAGCAGGCCAAGGAUAUUGAAGAUAUGAAGGAGCCAGAGGUCGAUGAAGAGCAAACCAAUGCCAUGCACAAUGAACUGGAAGAGCCACCAGAGCCAGAGGACAUGGAUUUGGGUGAUAUGAACAAUGUGGACGAAGGGCAUGACAACGAAGCCGAUGAGCCAAACGACGAGAAUCCCUUUGAUAUAGACGCCAUGAAGGAAAACAUGCAGCCAGCUGAUGAAGAAGAGAAUGAAGCCGAAGAGGAGAAGAAAGAGGAACAGCCCAUGUCGGAUGACAGCGAUUCAGAUGCAGAGGAGGAUGGCACGGAGAAAGAGCAAACACAAAAGGGCAAAGAUGAAGCAGAAGAAGAUGACAAUGCUGAAGAAGAACAAGAAAACACAGAACCAGAGACACAAACACGUGGUGAAUUGGAUAAAGAAGAGGAGCAGCCAGAGGAGACGCCCGCAGAGCCGGAGGCUCGCGAAGAGAAACCAGAACAGCACUCGCAAUCCAAGGAUAAAUCAAGCAAGGAAGACAAUGUGCAAUCUGUUCCAGAUACGGAGCAGAAUAGCUCAGCCGAUCAGGUGCAACAGCAGCAGCAAGAAGAAGAUAUUAAGCAGGAUCAGAAAAUGGACGAGCAGGAGACGGGCGAAGAGAAGGAUGGCGUGGGUCAGGCUGAAAAUGAUACAAAUGAUGGUGGUCAUCAGGGCGUAGCCGAGACCAAGGAAACUGUCUCUCAGGAAGAGCGCAAAAAUGAAAAGCAAACACAGGAGAAACGCAAGCAAGGACGUACAAAUGAGGAACGAUCCUUAGGUGAAGCUGAGCAAAACAAAUUAAAGCAGCUGAAAACAAUUGAUCAAAUGAAAGAAUCCAAGCAAAAGGAAAGCGAGCAGCAGGAUCAAAUGGAUGAAAACGUCGAAGCGGAGGAGUAUCAGCAUGUCAAGGAGCCAAAGAACAGCGAUAAAACUACCUUGGAUAAUGCCACAGAGGAACAAUCCAAGCAAAUCAAACACCUAGAAGAUGAAGAGCCUAAAGACGAAGCAGAGGGCGAAAAUGCAGAUGAGCUAAUGGCAGAUGAGGAUGUGCCAGCAGCGCAAGAACAGGAUGAUACACAACUGGAGCAACUGAGCUCCGAAAGAACCGAUCAGAAAUCUGAUAAACCCUCCAAAACGGAGCAAGCUAAGGAACGUGUGGAAGAGCCGCAGCAAAUGGAAAUCGAGGGCGAAGUGGUGGCCACAAUGACUGUGCCUCGCAGCGCUGAAACCACAGCGCACAGCAACACGGAGCUACUGCUCGAGAAGAGCCUGCAGGCCCAGGAGCUAAGCACAGCUGAGCAAAUUGAGCUGAGACAAAUGUAUCAGCAACAGUUGACCAGCGCGAAUCCCAUUCUGCCACAGCAUGAGGAUUAUGAGAGCUGGUCGAGUAUCUCCAAUCGCAUGACGCAAAAUGCUCGCGAACUAUGCGAGCAGUUGCGUCUCAUUUUGGAACCGACGAAGUGCACCCGCCUCAAGGGCGACUAUCGCACGGGACGACGCAUUAACAUGAAGAAGAUUAUUCCAUACAUAGCCUCACAAUUCCGAAAGGAUAAAAUCUGGUUACGACGCACAAAACCCGCUCAGCGCGAUUAUAAGAUAACCAUAGCCAUUGACGAUUCCAAGUCGAUGCACCAUAACAAUUCCAAAACAUUGACCUUGGAAGCUAUCUCGUUGGUGUCACAGGCUUUGACACUGCUCGAAAGCGGUCGCCUGAGCAUUGUGUCGUUUGGCGAGGCGCCGAAAAUUAUCCUAAAUCAUACGGAGCAGUUCGAUGGACCGCGUUUGGUAAGCGCUCUCAAUUUCGAUCAGGAUAAAACGAAAAUUGCGGGUCUGCUCGAUUUUAUACGCACCGUUAAUAUCGAAGAGAGUGGCUUGGGUGGUGAUAACGGCCUCUUUGAGAAUCUGUUGCUUGUAUUGAGCGAUGGACGAAAUAUAUUCAGUGAGGGCAAUCAGAAAGUAAAGAAUGCCAUUAAACUAGCUCGGCUGCAGCGCAUAUUCCUUGUAUAUAUUAUCAUCGAUAACCCUGACAAUAAGAAUUCAAUACUGGACAUACAACACGUCGAGGUCAAUGCGGAUGGCUCGGUGAAAAUCAAUUCAUAUUUGGAUAGCUUUCCAUUUCCAUAUUAUGUUAUUGUCCGAGACCUUAAUCAAUUGCCUCUAGUGCUCAGCGAAGCUAUGAGACAGUGGUUUGAAUUAGUCAAUAGCGAAUAGCGUAGCUUAUUAUUUUGUACAUAGUAAGUAGGUAACAACACGUACUAAAACUUAUUUUUUUUUAUAAACUUUUGAAAAAUUUGAUUCUUUAUAAUGUUAUGCUUAAGCUAAAUAAAUCAUAUAUUAACAUUUAUUGUUUUCCGAGCUUAAAUCAGCCGGCAG